CUGUGCGCCCUAGACGUUACGAUUUUUAAUCAUAUCGACACCGUUGCUUGUUUCGUCUAUUUUUACAGCUCACUUUUCUACCGUACCGUACUGACUGCUAACGUCGCCGAAACGCACGCGCACCAACUACGAAAAUGGCCGUCUUCCAAAUGGGGUCUCACACGCACGCCAUCCCGAUGACGCUGUACCGAGACAACCGAACCAAGGUGGUCAAUGAACUGCAACGUGCCCACAAGUUUGGGGUGGAUGCGAACCCCUUGAUCCUGCUGCAGGGUGGCGAUAACAUUAGUCAUUACGACACGGACGUCGAUUAUGUUUUCCGGCAGGAAUCGUACUUCACCUACCUGUUCGGUGUGACGGAACCGGGGUGCUACGGAACGGUUGAGAUCAAAACCGGACGUUCUGCGCUGUACGUGCCACGUCUACCGGAAGAAUAUGCCGUUUGGAUGGGGCCGCUGCUCGGUUUGGACGAUUUCAAAAAGAAGUACGAAGUCGACACAGUACAUUACGUCGAUGAGCUUGCAAACCGUCUUACUGAUGUAUUACCAUCGGUGUUGCUGCUUUUGAGUGGACCGAAUGCUGAUAGUGGAGCAGUAGCCAAACCGGCUUACUUCAAGGGUAUCGAAAGUUUUGUGUCGGACACCGAUAUUUUGUUCCCGGUGAUCGCGGAAUGUCGCGUUAUCAAAUCUCCGGGCGAAAUCGAAGUGCUGCGCUAUGUGGCACGUGUUUCAUCGGACGCGCAUAAAGCCGUAAUGAAGGUGAUGAAGCCAGGCCUGCACGAGUACCAGGCGGAGGCUGAAUUUCUGCGCCAUUCGUACGCCGUCGGUGGCUGCCGGCAUGUGUCGUACACGUGCAUCUGUGGUGCUGGCACCAACUCCGCCAUCCUGCAUUACGGUCACGCCGGUUCACCGAACGAUUGUGCCGUCCAGGACGGUGACAUGUGUCUGUUCGACAUGGGCGCCAACUAUGGUGGUUACGCAGCGGACAUUACGUGUAGCUUUCCCGCCAACGGGAAGUUCACCGAGGACCAGAAGCUCGUGUACAAUGCCGUGCUCGCUGCCCGCGAUGCUGUCUGUGGUGCGGCCCGGGAAGGCGUAUCGUGGAUUGACAUGCAUCUGCUUGCCAACCGUGUGAUGCUCGAAGAGCUGCGCAAAGGCCAACUGCUGCAGGGCGAUGUAGAUGAAAUGAUGGAGGCUGGUUUGAAUGCCAUUUUUCAACCGCAUGGAUUGGGACACUUUUUGGGGCUCGAUGUCCACGAUGUCGGUGGAUAUCUGCCCGGCUGCCCGGAACGUUCAACCAGGGCUGGAGUUAACCGUCUGCGCACGGCACGUACACUGAAAGCGGGCAUGUAUUUGACCAUCGAGCCGGGAUGUUACUUUAUCGAGCCGCUGCUGAACAAGGCUUACUCGGAUCCCAAUCUUAGCAAGUUUUUGGUGAAGGAAAAGCUGGACCGCUUCCGCAACUUUGGCGGUGUUCGCAUUGAGGAUGAUGUGCUGAUCACAAAGACUGGCAUUGAAAACUUUACCUUCGUGCCGAGAACUGUCGAAGAAAUUGAAGCCUGGAUGGCCAAGUAAAAACAUAAACCCCCGAAGGUACGAUGGAUACACCGAGGUGCCUUUCUAUAUGCAGGAAAUCGCUCCUGUUUAGCCUCGGAAAUCCCCUUUCUGAAGAAAUAUGUACUACACCUUUAUGAAGGCUAUAUAACGCUUCACACCUAUUACGGAUUAAAUCAAUUGCAAGCAAGUUGUGCCAAUAUAAUUGUUUUCAUUUUUAUUCCUUAUAUUAAUCAAAUAAAAUCUUGCAUAUCAAA